AUGGGCCAAUAUCAACACUAUAAUGAUCCAUAUAAUGAUGAUUUAUACGAUGAUCGAUAUGAUGAUGAUUAUUCGUGGGAUUACAGUUCAGCUCAAGGCCAAUACCGUGAAUCAUCUUGCUUCCUAGACAACCAAGAAUCAGACAAAUCUUCAUUCAGCAAAAAGUUGGAUCAAAUGCUAGAGAUGUUGAAGGAAACCUUAAACAAGGAGGAAGUCAACUCCAAAUUAAUUUUCGCGAUUGAAGAUCAACUAGAACGAAUAACGGAUCAGCUAAAGCAACAAUCACCAGGUAAACCUUCAGACACUACCCAAGUAAAUGAGAUUAGUUGUCGGGAAGGUGUGAUUGAUAUGAUAUUUGGAAACCAUAAAGUGAGAUUUCUUUUGUUUCGACCUACUAAUGAUCCUCCAAUUAGUGGUGACAUGUUUGUAAUCAAUACUAUUGAUGAUUAUGUUUAUGAGCAUACCACAAAUAUGCUCUAUGACACCACUCACAACUUGGAGAAACAUUUUCCUUGUCACAGGUUAAUAGAAUUUGAUAGGGUUGAGUUUCAACAAGUGAAGAAGAAAUUAUGGAUCAAGAAACAUGAUGUUGUGCUUACCCAUAAAUCAAAGAUGAAGAUGCUUCAUGAUACCAAACAUCGAGUCAACAAGUCCAUUAAUAAAAAUUAUGCUUAG